UCAAGAUUGACAAUAACAAACGUCAAAAUAACGUGGUGAAUCGCCUGUUGUGAACACAAAUUGCGUAUUAUUUUAUUUUAUUUCAUAAAAUGGCCCAAGGAAAGUUAAAGGUAAAAAGCAAGCUGCCGUCAGGCGCUAAAGUGAAGAAGGCGAAAGGUAAAGCCGUGACGAAGCGGAGUAACGCGCCUGUCAAGAGCAAAGCUCAGGCUGUGGAGAAGAACAAAAUGAAGUCGAAUGUGACGAAGAUGGUGAACGCAGCGGCUGAGCAGCAGCUGAGAGCGCUAGCUACAAACACGCCGCAGCUGUCCGCAGCGCAACAGCGAGCGGCGACGGCGCCCACCGCGCCAGCACAGGUCAAGAAGUGAUGUCAACUUAACCUAUAAGUUAUCCAGUUUUAUGAAGGACAUUGGUGAUUCUAUGUGAUGAAAGAGUAACUAGAUAUGCAGUCCAGUAAGGACUUGUAUAUUGUAAGUCUAAGAAAGUUUGAGCCACUUAUGGCUUGUGUAAUAUACAAGUAAUUGUUAAGAUUUCAUUGCUUGUCUGCGCAUUUGUGCAAUGCACCUUUAUUAAUCAAGCACAGUCACUAUUUUCUUUGGGUCUAAGUUCACUUUCACAUUGUACAUUUGAGUAGAUACCUACAGAACCUAAAUUUUAAAUAAU